AUGGGCGCCGCACCAUUCUCGGUCCUCUCCCUUAUUGUGCCACUUUUUGGUACGAAUUGUGUGCGUGCGUGCGUGCCCGUACUACCUCUUCCCACCUUCCCGCCUACCUAUCUGAGCUUGCUUCGCCCUCUUUCAUUUUUGCUUUCUGCGCUAGUCCAGGUGCUGCUGCUACUUCUGCUCGGUAUGAACUCGUCUGGCUUGGAUUCAUUUAUCCCCUUUUUGGUUUGUGUGUGGCUGGGUGCUAAUCACUGCGGCUGUGCUUUAGUUUUUGGCGCCAAAUCCAUAUUUUAG